AUGGCCCAAGCCAUCACUGCUCAAGCACAGGAUAUCACAGCCCAGGCCACUAGAGAGGGUGCUCCCAGGGAGAACCCACAUGCUAGCACCAUGGCUAGCAGACUGAGAGAUUUCACCAGGAUGAAUCCUCCAGUCUACUUUGGGUCCAGAACCAAUGAGGGUCCCCAGGAGUUCUUGGAUGAGUUCCAAAUCAUUUUCUAUGCUAUGGGUGUUAAUGAAGAGGAAAAUGCUGAGUUGGCUGCAUACCAUUUCAAGGAUGUGGCUCAGGUAUGGUACAAGAUGUGGGUAGAUGGCCGAGCACAAGGAGAAGUCCCCAUCACUUGGGACAUUCUCAAGACUGCAUUCCUGGAGAGGUUCUUUCCCAGAGAGAAGAGAGAGGCUAAAGUUGAGGAGUUCAUCAACCUACAUCAGGGAGGUAUUUCAGUCAAGGAAUACUCGUUGAAGUUUGUUAAACUUUCCAAAUAUUCUUCUUCCCUGGUGUCUAGUAGCAGGGAUGAGAUAAGCAGGUUGAUGGUACAUGAACAGCAGGUGGAAGAGAGUCAUCGGAGGAAGAGAGGCCGAGAAGGCAAGAAGCCUAGGCCCUCAGAUCAGGCUGGUUCUAGAACUGGUAGGAGUUUGUUUGGAGUCCAGGACAGGCCCAAGUUGAAGAAGGGGCACCAGCACUCAGGUAAUCCUACUCCUUCCAGGAACACUAAUGCCAAAGGGGGAAAGUAUGACCCCAAGAAGGGAAAUGAUAUAAAUGACCAGCAUGACAGAAAGUCGUGUGGUAAAUAUGGCCGUUUGCAUGGAGGUAAGUGCAUGGUAGGUUCUAAUGCCUGCUAUGGGUGCGGUAAGAGUGGGCAUAUGAUCAAGGACUUCCCACAUGUUAAGAAUCAGGCUAAGGCAGAUACUCAGCCUCAGCCUAAUCCUACUGCUGCAGCCGAGCCUCCCAAGAGGAACAAGUUCUAUGCUUUUAAUGGUAGAGAGGAGCAGGAGAAGUCAGCUGAUGUGGGUGUAGAGGUUGAUCCGAAAAAGAUUGAGUCAGUAAAGAACUGGCUGAGACCCCUCACUCCUACAGACAUCCGAAGUUUCUUGGAUUUGGCUAAUAACUAUCGCAGGUUUGUUGUGGGCUUUUCCGCUAUUGCUGCUCCAUUGACAACUUUAACAAAGUAG